CUUCGGUCGGUGCACAACCGGAUGCUGCUGUAUUCACACGCUCCUUUUCAUUUUUUCAAGUAGAGUGCUUUAAGUGUAAACUAAGGGAUAAAAGUGAAUUUAUAAUUUCAAGUAUGUCGUUUUCUUUAGUCAGAAGAGGACUGGAGCUGCUGAGCAAUGACGUUAAAGAUAGCAAUAAAGUGAAGAAGAAGAAGGCUCAGACACCCAGCUCGGCCACAGUGAUGGAUCUGGUGAGCACCAAGAAGCAGGGGGUCACCAGGCAGGUCAAGAGGCUGCAGGGUCGCCUCGGUCACGGAAAGAGCAAAGCCACAGUCAAAGACAAGAGGAUCAAAUCUGCAGUAGAAGAGUUCAGAAAGAAUCAGCCCAAGAAUCAGAUGAGCACCAACAUGAAAUACUUUCUGGAAUCUAGUAGCUUCAGAGCAACAGAUUCUGAUACACUGAAGAUCAUGAAGCACAACAUAGGAAGGCAGUCAAGAAAUCGCCCAGACAAACCUGUCAAAAAGCCCAAAGAAAAGCCGUCUUUGUUUACAGAGGAGGAGUUUCAGCAGUUCCAGAAAGAAUACUUUGGCGGGAUUGUUGAGAAGAAAUAACUCCCACCAUGAAAAGAGACACUGCAGUUACAGUGGAAACAGAAGGUGCUGUGUUCUAUGGAUUAAUGUGGAUUUUUUGAAUCGGACUAUGUCCUGGAGUCCAUUCCCACUUCGCAGCAGUGCACAGUCAUUCCGUUGCACAUCUGAAAUACAUGCUGUAUUGUUACAGUGUUGAAAUGUACCACUUCAUGAGCUGGAGUUUCAAAAAAUUUACUGAAGAAGACUUGGAUAUGUGCAGAGACACAAGAUUUGUAACUAAAUGCGUGAGAGAAUAACAGAAUAUGCAACUAA